GAAAGUUAUUUUCAAUUUUAAUAACGUUAUAUUGGGCAAAAACCACAACAACAAAAAACAAAGACAGAGCGAAAAAAAAAACGAAAACCCGUUUUUACGUCUUUGUCGCUAAAAAAAUAUUAAACAUUAACCAGCCAGCAGUUGAAGUUGUAGGAAACUAGGCUACGGCUAAAUAUAUUGGUACUCAAAUGGAAUUGACCUUCAAAAAGGCACGACUGGUGACUAGGGCAAACACAGCUGCUGCUGGCGAAGAUUACAGCGAUGCCGAUAACGAGCAAGAUGCGAUCGAAUUCGGCUGGUGGGCGCUACCGGAGCCAGCCCUUCUACAGAUCUUUGUCUAUUUAGAUGUACAGGAUUUAAUUCAGGCAGGUCUAGUCUGCCGGCGUUGGAACUCCAUUGCCAACGAAGAUUUCCUGUGGCGUCUAAAGUUUCAGGAACACUUUCGAGCCUCGCCCAGUAUACCGCUUAAGCCAGGCGCCAGUAGCUGGCGCGCCGAAUAUCAACGUCUCAGCAUGCAAAUACCCUUUGUGCAGGCCCAGCGAUUGGAGCCGUGCACUGAAUUCAAUCAUGGACAUACACAUCAGGUGCUGCAUGUGAGCUUUGCACACAAUGGUGAGAUGUUUGCCACCUGCUCAAAGGAUGGCUAUGUGAUUAUCUGGAACGCACAACAUCCGUGUACAGAAAAGUAUGCGCACAACAUGAAGCAGUUUAGCUGGAAGUACACCCAAUACUCUCAGUUCAAUCAGAGUGACACAUUGCUCCUGGUCUCGGGUGUGCAUUUUGGUUCACCUCAGAGUACAUCUGGCGAGAUAGCUGUCUUCUAUCUGGGCGCUACGGAAUCUCAUUUGCGCUGUCGCGUCGUCAAUCGGCCUUAUGAUAUCUUUGGCACCUGGUUCAGUGAUCAGUAUCUGUUAUCGGGAGAUCUUCACUGGCUGGCGCAUUUGGUUAGCACCUCGGUGCUGUGGCUGAACAAGGCCAAUCAGGAGAUCGACUCGGAGCAUGUACCCAUCAUGAGCCAGCUGUAUAAAUUUUACAAUCGUAAUGCCAGCUCCGUACGCGCCAUUAUGGUGGCCAGGUGUCCAUGGUUGGACGAAACGAAUGAUCCACUGCCGCAGGCACAACAAGGUCCAUGCUCCGCCACAGCGUCGUGCAGUGACCAGCCUUCUACAUCCGCCGCAGUGGCCAGUGGCAAUCCGUUGUCGCAUGCGGCCAGUUUGCGACGUACGCGCAGUGCUACGCCCGAGGAUAACUAUUUGCCGGACAUUAGCGAGCACAGUCAGGUGCGCAGAUCGCGUACACGUCCCGGCCACACAUCCGAUGCCACCAUACACUAUCUGGAGGAGUAUAGGCGAGCAGCUGCGGCAGCCACCGAGGACACCGAGGAGGAGGAGAACGAGUCUUGCUCGGAGCUGCAUGACGAAUACGAUGAAAUGGAGAACAGUGUGCCCAAGUAUCUUAUAUUUUCGACUGGCUCGAAGACCUUUACGCCACAUCAGAUUGGCUUUAAGCGCAUUCGCAAUGUAAAUUUUCCGAAAAAAUUGGAUCCGGGACCGACGCUUAAGGAGCGCAUUGCUGCCAAGCGUUUAGCUGACCAGCAGCAGCAGCAAUCGCCACGCACUGAUCCCGACUGGUGGGACUAUGAGUCCGUGAAGGAUCGUUUUGAUCAGGUGGACAAAGUGAUUGAUCUGCAUGGCCAUAUUAUUGGCAUGGCACUGAGUCCGGACCAUAGGUAUCUGUAUGUUAAUACCCGGCCAUGGCCCAAGAACUAUAUAAUAACUAAUCCGCUGGAGCCGCCACCAAUUGCCCAGGAGAUCGAUAUACAUGUGAUCGAUUUAAUGACACUCAAGCGUGUCGGCAACAUGCUGCGCGCCCACAAAGCAUAUACGCCUAGCACAGAAUGCUUCUUCAUAUUUCUUGAUGUGUGCGAGGAGUAUGUGGCCAGUGGCGCCGAGGAUCAGCAUGCAUAUUUAUGGGAUCGCUACUAUGGCAUAAGCUUGGCUAAAUUCAAGCACACAGAUGUCGUUAACAGCGUGGCAUUUAACCCAAAAGACUCCCAGAUGCUGGUCACCACCAGCGAUGAUUACACCAUCAAGGUUUGGCGCUCGCGUGCGCAGGCAAAGGCGUACAAUAUUCCUGUCAAUGUGAGCGAAUCUUUUGAGCUGAAGCCCAAAAAUUAGGCCAACCGCCUGCGUACCUGCGUUGCUGCCCAGUUGUUACAAUCAACAAUAUGUAUAAUCUAUACACUGCUCAUUUUGGUGUUAGCUUUUAAUGAAAAGAUGCAAAUUGUUUCGUGUUAUUUAAAAUGUUACGUCCUAAUCGAA